UUUAGAAAUAGCUUUUCUUCUAAAUCUAAUUGCUGUGCCAAAUAUAGAGUAUAUUUUACCUGUUUUAAAUUAAAGGCUUAUUAUUAGUCCUAAAACUAGAGUUAUUUCAAUAAUAAGAACCUGAACAACACCAUUCUGAAUAUCUUUAUCAAAUUCUAAAUAAGUAUCCUUUUAUUUUUAGGGAUGGCAUCUAACAAAAAAUUUAGUGUUAAAAGCAUCAAAGAUUUUAACCCUAACGACAACAAGUUUCUUGUCGAGUGGGAAUCAAGUCAUGAUAACUCCUGGGAGCCAUUGACUAAUCUGUUUUGUCCAGAUCUCCUGUUACAGUUUGAGGCACGGAGAGUCAGUCCAAGAUCUCAAAACCCCAAGCAAAUUGUUACUCUCGAUGGAUGUAUUGAAGCUCAAUGGAGUGAUUCUGACAUCCAUAUCUUGCAAGUAAACAAGAAAGUCCUUGAACUAGUUCAAGAAGGACAUAAAGUGGUAUCAACGGAAAGAUUGCUUGAUGAAGGUUGUGUUGUACCCUCUGGUUUUCAUACUAUGCGGGAAUUGGAAACUUUGUGUCCCCAAUUCAAAACCUUUCAAACUUCUGCCUUCCGUCUACAGAAGUUUUCAUUACCAACGUUACCGGCUUCUUGUGUUAUUAGCAAUGAUAUCAUUGGGCCUAUGAGAUCUCAGUUGCGAUAUGUCUCACAGAGUUGUGAAGAAUCUAUGAGUUUCUUCGUUGUGCAAGCCUUAGUCACCGGGCUGGAGCUUCUUGAUAAACGUUGUUUUACUAUUCAGCAGCAAAAGGUUAUCACGAAAGAUUAUAAGGAAGACAUUGCAAUUAUCCAUCUUGCCGAUCAACACUCCGUUGUGGCUUUAAUAGAGGUGGCGUUUUCUGUCAAUCCUUCUCUGUUAAAGGUACUGCCAAGUAAAUUGGCUGAGUGUUUAUUGUAUGCAUAUUACGAGUUAAAGAAGGGGGAACGUGAAAGUUUCACUAUAUACUCAGCUUUAACUGAUUUCUAUACCUGGCAUAUAUUCGAAGUGAAAAUUCAAAGAUAUGUCCCAAAAUUGAAAAUAGAGAAAUACUAUACGAUUCUGCACUCAGUCUCUGAAGUAAAUGUAAGUGCUGACAGUUUGAAACUACUUCUGGCUGACAUUAUAAAGUUUCUCGUACUCUGUUGCAAUUAGUUGUAGUAAUUUGUACUAGUGAAUCCAUAAUAAUUACUAUGCCUUUCAAUAUAAGAUGAUAUUUGUGUGUUAUGUUUUAAUGAUGAAGUGUUGUCCAAUAAUAAAUAGUACUUGUUUUGCAAACAUUAUUCUUCUUUCAGUA